UCAGAAGCAGCAGUAAAUUCUCAUAUAAAUAAUAGACUUCGAACCAUUUCUUCGCAUAAUCUGAUGGAAGAAGCAGCAGCAGCAUCAGCAUCGAGCUUGUUCGGUGAGAAAACAGGGAAAAAUGGUAGCAGGAAGAGGGAGAAAUGCAUAACGCAUUACUCCAGCUAUCAGAGAAUACUUCUUGUGGGUGAAGGAGACUUCUCCUUUUCGGCCUGCCUCGCGAGGGCUUUCGAUUCUGCAAACAACAUGGUGGCCACCUCCCUUGAUGAUCCAGAUAGACUGUUGAAGAAGCAUUGGACUGCCAGAAAUAAUCUCAGUGAGCUUAAGAGAUUUGGUUGCACAUUAUUGCACGGAAUUAAUGUGAAAGACAUGCAUCAAGAUAACUUCUUAAAAGACAAGCGGUUCGAUCGAAUCAUCUUUAAUUUUCCUCAUGCAGGGCAUGACCCAGAGCUUCGGGAAAAAGAUGAAAGCCUCAUUUUGAGACACAGAGAGUUACUGUGUGAUUUCUUUAACAGUGCAAGAUGCUUAUUGAGUGAAAAUGGCGAAAUUCAUGUGAAUCAUAGGGAUGAUAAACCAUAUGCUCAGUGGAGGAUUAGAAGUUUAGCAAAGAAGGGCGGACUGAUUCUGAAGGAGCUGGUGGAGUUUCAGAAGAAAGAUUAUCCAGGUUAUCAUAACAAGAGGGGAAGUGAUAUAAAAAGUAACAAGACCUUUCCUCUUGGUUUUAGGAGCUUCACUUUCAAGUUUUCAUUGAAGAGUUUCACAAAAGUUUCGGCCGAUGAAUUAUCGUUAGAUUUCUCAGAUCUGACGAUUUAGUUGCUAUAGUACUUCUUCCUUAGGCUUUCUUUAAUUUAUGUAUGUCAAAGUUAAAUUAAAGAGAGGAAAUUAAAGUUUAUUGUCUGUAUGUGAGAGUUAAAUUAAGUAGGACUUUAUCUAUUCCAGUUUAUGAACUGAUAGGAUUUGUUCUUUGUUAUAGAGGAGGCUA